AUGGCCUCCCAACCGCCGUCCGCCCCCUUGUGCUCGGAAUCCCUGGAUGAUGACCUGAAGACGGUGUCCGAGCUGCGUACAGUGAAGCUGCCCUUGAUGCCCUCCAGCGACCUUGAGCACCUCUUCCGUAAGCUGCCGGCUGUGAUCAGGGCCUAUGGCCGCUUCAAGCUGUUGACUUUGGAGGCGCGCCAGAACCGGCUGCUGGCUCCCCUUGACCCCCUAGAGGUCAGCAAGGACUCUCCACCACCCGAGGAGCACCCGAAGUCUGAGAAGAAGUUCUGGGGUGACCAGGAGACCCUCUCGAAGAUCCCAUUUAAAAUUCUGAGGGGACACAAGGACCUUGUGAGCUCCUGUAGCUUCUGUGCGGAUGACACGAAGUUCCUCAGCUGUUCCCAUGACGGUACCCUGAAGCUGUGGGAUGCUGUGGAUGGCUUCGUUAUUCGGGAUUUCGAUCAUAAGCCCAAAGCUCCUGUCUUGGAGUGCAGCGUGACGGCUGACAGCAGAAGAAUUAUCACAGCGUCCUACGACAAAGCGGUGAAAGCUUGGGACCUUGAGACAGGCAAGCUGCUGUGGAAGAUCAAUUACGAAACCUUCAUAGCCUCCUGCAAGGUUUCUCCUGAUGGCAAAUAUGUAGUCUCAGCCUUGGACGUGGACCGGGCCAUCUGUAUAAUGGAUGCAGAAAACACCACCACUGUGUCAUACAUCAAAAAUCAUCACAACCGGUCUCUCACAGCAUGCUGCUUUGACCCCGACAGCCAGAAGGUGGCUUCUGUUUCAUUGGACAAAAGCAUCAAGAUCUGGGAUAUUACAUCCCAGGCCACGCUACUUACCAUCACCAAGGCACAUUUUGGUGCAAUCUCAAACUGCUGCUUUACCUUCAGUGGCCAUUUCCUGUGUACAAGCUCCUGGGAUAAAACCUUAAAAAUAUGGAAUGUCCAUACGGGGGAGUUUCGGAACUCUGGAGCCUGUGCGACUCUGAUGAAGGGCCAUGAAGGUUCUGUGAGCUCCUGCCACUUUUCCAGAGACACCUCUGUUCUCGUGUCUGGAGGGUUCGACAGGACUGUGGCUAUCUGGGAUGUAGGAGAAGGCUACCGGAAGCUCUCCUUGAAGGGCCACAGUGACUGGGUGACAGACGUUGCCAUUAGCAACAACAAGAAAUGGGUCCUGUCUGCUUCAAAGGACAAAACCAUGAGACUAUGGAAUAUUGAAGAAAUUGACGAAAUUCCUCUGGUAAUCAAGUGCAAAAAGGCCCUGGGCUUAAAGGUGAAACAGUGUGAAGUAUGCGACAGGCCUUUCUGCAACUACGAAAGUGACAUCUUUUCUGAAACAGUCACCAAAUGUGUGUUCUGCCGGAUGGAUGCAAAAGGCUCGUUAACAGAGGUCUCAUCAUCAUUAGGAGGGGAAGACUCACCGUCACAGGAGUGCAGCCCGACCGCCAAUGACUGAUGCUCACUGGGCUUGUUGACUGACUUGAUCACAGGUCUCCUGUGAAGCAGGUUUUGGGGCUCUGAAGGAACCUCUCUCUACGGCUGGACCCAGCCCGGGUGAGCGUGUCAGACUGGGGCAGGGGCACGGCCUCAGCUCCACAGCCCCCUUGGGGAUCAAACACUGUUUUUAGAUUUCA